AUUCCACCUAGUGUCCUCUUGCAUGCUGCAUGAGGGCAUUUACUCCUUUUGCAGGGCUCUUUUAGAAGAUGUCAGGUGGAAAAAAACACUCUGAAACACUCUGCCCUCUAGGUGAAGCCUAGUACUGCUCAGCCUGUUUGACUGGGGUUCCUGAUCCCCCUUAGAGGAAGUUUUGAUUUUGUUUCAUAAUCUUAAGCUGUGGUGUGCAGUAGAGAUUCAGGAGAGUGGCAACCCAGCAAAUUGCAAAGGAGAGAGAGAGCCUUUGGGAUAAUUGGGCUGUGCAGUUUCUCAUGGACCAGUUAAUGAAGUGACAGCAAACAUAGUCUAAUGUUUUCCACUCCUGAUACCAGGAAGAGUAAGUGCUUUGGGGAAUUCUUAGACAUGAGUUGCAGCAUAGUUAACAUUUAUGUGUACCUAAGAGCUCUUUAAUAGGCUGCCUGCCUUAGGGUAGUUUACUUACACCCACGAAAUUGUAUUUGAUGCACUUGGAGUAACUUGGCAAGUGUCCUGUGACAUAAUUCCUUAGACUUUUUCUUCCUUGUCUGCCACUCCCUUUUCCGAUUAAUGAAGGUUUGUUUACAUUUUCUUUUUUGCUCACUAGAAGUUGAGAAAGUAAUGUAUCUAGAGGUUGGGUGGUGUUGGGAUGUUUUUGGGGAGGCGGGGGACUUAGUUUGCUUGUUUUAUAAAUAAAGACCUGCAAACAGGUACUGCCUUUGCUUUUGUUAAUGUGUGAGGAGGAAAUGGAAACAAAAGGGUAAGUGCUUCUUGCUGUCUGUGCCUCUUGGUGUUCUUGGAAAUAGUUUUCUUCAUGAAGAUGCAUGAUCCCCUGUAUUAGAACACAGUAUAUGAAAUUUGAAUGCCGUUUCAAAACGGAAACCGAAGUUCUCUUGUUGCAUCUGAUCCUCUAGGUGUUGUGUUUACUAUAUUCCCCAGAAUAACCAAGCCUGGUCUUCUGUCUCCAAGCUGAACAGCACAGCAUGUUGCUCAAGUUCCAGGACAGUAAUACCACAUGCCACUAACAGGACCAGAGAAAUCAGUAACCCUUAAGAGCCCACUUCCUCCAACAUCCCAGAUUCCAGGUCUUGGUGAUCUUGCAAAUGCUCCACAUGAAAUGCCAUCCAGGUGCUGCAGGAAGUGGAUCAAAGAGACAGAUUCAGCUUAUGUCAGGCUGGCAAAGCAAGGAGGCCAAUCUGAAUGGUACCUACUGAAGCACUACACUGCUGUGAUAAGUAAAUCCUCUCCAGCAGCAUAUGCUGCACCUGACUGGUACUUGCACUGCUCCAAUCCCCCAGUGACCAAUAAGCCACAGAGCUAUGUUUCCUUUCUACCAGAUUAUGUAAUUCACAGAGAGUUUAAGGCUGAUGAACAUUGUGGUAACCAUUGUGAGAUAAGAGGCCCUUUCGAUUUUGAUACGAAAACUGUUUGGCAGCAGGAUGCUGAGGACAAAGAAAAGGCAGAGAAAAAGAAGGUAAAGCUCCCAGCUAUAAACCCUAAAUAUCCAAGCAGAAUGCCAAAUGUUUCUACGAACAAGGAAUUUAGUGGGAAAAAUAAACUUUCCUUACCACCCAUGCCUGCUCAGAAAAAAAAACGAAGCAGUAAAUUUAGCAAAUUAAUUAGCAAUGGUUAUGGGACUGACUGGCUUCAGCAGUGUACCGGAAGAAACAAAAACAUUAAAGAAACAUCAGAAAAUAGUGAUCAGUCCAAAGAUUCAGAGCCUCAGUCUGAAUAA